UAAUCGUGGUUCGUGAUAAACAGAACGUAUUUCCACACAAUAAUAAUUAAUCUGUGAUAUUUCUUCUAACACUUACAAUAUAAUAUAUUAUUAUAGUAGUUACAGACUACAGUAUACCCAUGUUAGCACUAGGAUAUGAAAACUAUAAUUCUAGAAUAUUAGCCAUUGACUGAGGUCCUGUCUGUUUUACCAAUUAAAAUUAUUAAUGGAAGAAUAGCAGCUACUAAAAUACUUACUCAAAUACAUUAACAUUCCAAACUGCAAGUAUUGUAAUAUUAUAAAAAUGUCUGACGAGGAAAACGAUCGUUUUGAAGAAGAACAAAGUUUGUUAACUGACAAUUUUGAAACCAUACCGCAUACACCGAGUGCUUGGGAACAAGAUAUAUACGAUAUUGAUGAAGAUCCAGAUCCACAUGCUACUCCAGAAAGGGAGAUUUUAUGGGCUGCCGAACAAGGAGAAUUGGAUUUGGUUAAAUCAUUGGUGUCAAAACAUACUUACUUGGUUCAUGUUCAUGAUAAAGAUGGUUAUACUGCUUUACACAGAGCAUGUUAUAGUAAUCAUCUAUCAAUUGUUGAGUUUUUAUUAGAAAAUCAUGCAAAUCCAAAUGCUCGGACUGCUGAUCAAUGGACACCAUUGCACUCUGCUUGUAAAUGGAAUAAUGUGGAAUGUGCCGAAAAAUUAAUAGAAGCUGGGACUGACAUAAAUGCUUUAACUAAUGGCGGUAUAACACCUUUACAUUUAGUAGCAGAGUUGGCUGAUUCGCAUAAUCUCAUUGAACUAUUAUUAUCUCAACCAGGUAUUCAGGCUAACUUAAAACUACCUAAUAGUACAGGUGAUACACCAAAAGAUAUUACGGCUCGAAAGAGCACAAAUGAACGACUUUUUGAAUACUCUGAACCAUGUUUCAAUUAUAUUUGAAUUGAAUAAUAAUUAUUCAGACCAAAGACUAAUACAAGGCCCGCAUGAUGCUAAUAGUACUUUUUUACUGGGGUGUGUACUAAUCGAAUUGAUGGAUUGUGUGUAUGAAAUAUUGUCAUUAGGUUUUAACUUCUCUAUAAGUUUAGCACUGACAAAAUCCCAACACCACAGAUGUCCACAGGUUGAUCCACUAAUUAUUAUGCUAUCAUUAUGAAAUACACAGUUUUCAAUAAAAUAAUCACCGACUGUAUGACCUGUAUAUCUGUAAAAAUUAUUGUAUAUAUUAUAAUGUAUAAUGUAAA